UCGAAGGUUUGUUUACCAAAAAAAGGAAACCGGCUGAAAUGGCCGAUUCGGAAUCAAACGAGGUCCUUAUAGAGGAAAUAGACAGCAAUGAUGUGCCGGAGAACGAGCUGGAGCAGUUCCAGGAAACGGAGCCACUGCGUGUGGUGGACAUUAUCGACUGCGACGCCGAUGGCGAGCGUCGCAGUUUCGAGGCGGAUGAGGAGGAGGGAGCUCUAAUCAAGCGCUAUGUGCAAGGCGUCCAAUGUCUGGAGUUCCCUGAUUUUUGCACCAAGCUGGAAGCCAGCGACGAAGAUGAAGAGGAGGAGGAGCAGGUGGCUCCUACCGUGGAGCAGCCUCGCACUUCUGCGGCACAGGCGAAGCCACCGUCACAGGAGCAGCAGCCUUCAGGAAGUGGGCGCUCCACAGGUGGCGGUGGAUUUCGCAAGAGCCAGCUAAGCACAGCCCUCCAGGGAUUGAUGGGCGAGGCCAACCUGAGCUUUGUCUACGGACGCUUCGAAACCGCCGAGCGCAUCUGCAUGGAGAUCAUCCGGCAGAACCCGCUGGCCAGCGAACCCUUCUACACGCUGGCCGAGAUCUAUGAGAACCGCGACGAGGUCAAGUUCCUCAAUUUCUCCACCCUGGCCGCCCACUUGAAUCCCCAGGACCGGGACAUGUGGAUCCGAGUCUCCGAUCUGCUCGUGCAGCAGGGCAACCUGGCCCGUGCCCGCCUCAUCUACACCAAGGCCAUCAAGAUGCUGCCCAAGGUCUACCAACUGCGUCUGCGGAAGGCGCAACUGCUGCAGAAGAUGGGCGAAACCAAUGCCUCCAUGUUCACGUACUUGAAAAUGCUGCCCCUGAUGCCGCCGGAGGAGUGGAAGAUGUGCCUGAACACGGCCAAGAAUGUGGCCCGCUACUUCCACGUCCUGGAGAAGCAUACCCUGGCCCUGGAGGCCAUGGAGGGGGCGUACAGCGUGUGUGGGGCCCGCUUCACCCUGGAGGACAUCAACAUCUACCUAGAGCUACUGAUCCUAAACAAGCAGUAUGCCAAGGUUUUGAGGUGCCUGAGGGAGCGCACCAACUUCGAGCUGGAGAACGACCAGGAGGAGAGUCUGGAACUCAUAUUCUUCUGCGAGAUCCCCGACGACUAUGUGCCCGAGCUGCGGGCCAAGCUGUGCGUCAGCAUCAUCCACAUGCGGGCCCACCAUCUGCUGGGCUACCUCAUCCAGAAUGUCCAGGAGCACAUCACUCUGACGGCGGAUCGGGUGGAGCUGUACAUGGACAUCACGGAGGCCCUGAUGCAGGAGCACAAGUACGCCGAGGCCAUUGCGCUAAUGAGUCCUAUCACGGAUGGCGACACCGUCGAAUGUCCAGCGUUUGUGUGGCUGCGCCAGGCCGAGUGCCUGCGUCAGCUGAACCGCACAAACGAGGCCAUCCAGAGCUACGAAAAGGUGGUCCAGCUGGCCCCCUUUUGCUACGAUGCACGGUUUACCCUCUCCGCCCUGCUGAAACAGCAGGGCAGGCACGAGGAGGCUGUCCAGGCACUGGAGCAGCCAGGUGAGGCCGAGGGCCAACCGCUCAUUGCCCGCCUGCUGUACGAGCGGUGUGUGAUGCUGCAGCAGAUCGGGCGCAUCGAGGAGUUCCUGGACGUGGGCUAUGCCCUGCUCAGUCGUCACUCCAUCAAGCUGUACAACCGCGAGGAGAUGAUGGCGGCGGCCAAUGGAGGCAGUGCCUACAAUUCGGAGAGUCUGAAGACCAUCAUCCAGAUGCGCAGCAAGGCGGUGGAUAAUUCAGCGGAGCAGGAUCUACAGGAUCCUGGCAAAAGUGCCGCCACUGAGGCCUCCGAUCUGACCGUCAAGGAUGAGUUCAAUCUCUUCCAGGAACUGGUGCGUACGGCCUUUAAGCAUGGCAUGCACAGUGCCGCCGAGAAGAUAUGUUUCGCCAUGGUGACGACAAAGAGAUUUACCUACUACCACCAUGAGAUCGAGAGGAUAAUGGUGCUGACCUGCUACUACAACGACGACUGUGCCAUAGCCUUCUCGUACCUGCGGGAACUGAUAGCCAAGCAGCCCAGCCAGACGAAUCUGUGGAACAUGCUGUCGCUGAUGAUCCAGAAGGGCGACGAGGUGCGCUACUAUCGCUACAUGCGGCGGCUGAUGCAACGCCAUCCGGUGGACACCAAGCCGAUGCGCAUCUUCCAGGGGCACUACCAUCUGAAUUGCGCCUCCUUUAAGUAUGCGUUGAACAUCUACAUGCCCAUACUGCGCGAAAAUCCCGAUCCCCUGGUGGCCCUCUGCAUUGCAGUGGCCUUCAACCAGCUGUCGCUGCAGAAGAAGGUGCUGCGUAAGUCAGCCUCUGUGGCCCAGGCGGUGGCCUUUGCCCAGCGCUACAAGGAGCUGCGGUCCGCUGGUCACGAGCUCUCGGAUUGCGCCGCCCAGCAGGAGAUCUACUACAACAUAGGACGCAUCUAUCAUCAGGCCAACAUCCUGCACCUGGCCGUGGAGUUCUAUGAGAAGGCGCUGGCCGUGCCCCUUCAUCCGCUGAUUGCCGAGCACGAGUCCACGCUGGGACUGCAGCACGAGGUGGCCUUCAACCUGCACCUGAUCUACCGAGCCAACGGAAACAAGUGGAAGGCACGCCAGUAUCUGAUGCGUUACUGUGUGGUCUAAUCAGUGAUGUCUAUAUAAAACGAUUUCAACUAUGAGGUUGAGCAUUACAAAUGGUGUAAAUAGCUUUGUAUUCAUAAGCAUAAAAAAUGAAGUGAUUGAAAACGCUUUUGCACAACUAAUUAAGGGAAUCAAAU